ACACGUGUUUAGCCACCUAGCUAGAUUUGGUUGCUUCACAUUUCCAACAUGCUCCGACUGGUCUUGGUUUUAUCUCUUUGUCUCGUCAUCGUUGAAUGUAUCCAGGUCAAGCGUAGCGAGGGCUGUGAAAGUCUGCAGGCCUGCCUGAGUCCUAUCGACGGUGUCACGGUGCCCAAUAUCGGCAGACUGGGUGAAGAUGGGGCGUAUCAAGAAUUUUGUCAGAAAGCCUCUACCUUCAGCGUGUGUUACCAAGACGAAAAUGCCGGAUGUGAUCGUCAAAGUGUGAGGGACUCCAUCAAGAGCAUGGUGGACGUGGCAGAGUUUCUCUGUACAGAAGAAGCCAGAAGUGAAAUUCUAGCCGUGUCUAGCUCUGAUUGUGCCAGCAACGAGCUGAAAGUUCUCCAGCUACAGCUGAACUUAGAAGGAUGUGAAUAAACAUUCGAGAACGAGGUCCAGCUAGCCUUUAUUCGCGCCAUGAUGUCUGGUCAAGAGAUGACCGACUUUUGCCAAAUUGUUGACGAAUGGAGCAACUGUAACAUCAGAAAGGUCAGUGAAAAUUGCGACAACCGUGUGGGGACCUUCUACGGUCGAGUGUGGAAACUUUCAAUGCAUCUCACAUUUGAAGGGCUGGGCUGUGGUCAGACAAGGAAUGCUCGUCGCAACAUAGAGUCCUUGGCUCCUCUACUCUCUAAGACAGCCAAACUUAGGCGCUGAACAUCAAACCUAAAACCUUCCACAAUUCUAGAAGUUUAAUGCCCUGUGGAUCUGUUGGAAAAGAUUAGCGAGUUCAUUUCUUUUUAUUGAAGGAAUAAAGAUGAAGU